UGGGGCCAGUCUCUAGGGUGGGCUGCCUGCCCUGACUGAGCUGGAUUAAAUCGGUGCUCUAGUGGGUGGGGCAGACCCUGGGCUAGCAGGCCUCAGGGAGAACUCCAAUGGCGUCUGUGUCAGCACGCCCACACCAGGCCACAACAAUGGCUGCCGCCAAUGUCCCAGUCCCUGGAGAGGUCUCACCUCUCACCAAGAUGCACUCAGGUCCUAUUAGGUUCAAAAUGUGGUGGCUACUUACAACAGUGUGCUUGAUCCAGAUGUUUGGAAAUACAUUUUGUUUAUUUGGAAAAAAACCUGUGAACCCUGAAGCCAAUAUGAACAUUAGUCAGAUGAUUUCCUACUGGGGUUACCCACAUGAAAUGCAUGAAGUUAUAACUGCAGAUGGUUACAUCCUUCCACUCUACCGAAUUCCUCAUGGGAAGAAUGAUGCUAAUCGUCUAGUCCAAAAGCCAGUUGUGUAUUUACAGCAUGGUCUGCUAGUAACUGCCAGUAACUGGAUUUUGAAUCCUCCCGACAAAAGCCUGGGCUUCCUUCUGGCAGAUGCUGGUUAUGAUGUGUGGCUGGGUAACAGCAGAGGAAAUAGGUGGUCCAGGAAGCACUUGUACCUGGAAACAAAUUCCAAAGAAUUCUGGGCUUUCAGUUUUGAUGAAAUGGUGAAAUAUGAUCUUCCAGCCACUAUUGAUUUCAUUGUGAAGAACACAGGAGAAAAGAAAAUUUAUUAUGUAGGCCAUUCCCAGGGCACUCUUAUUGCUUUUGCAGCAUUUGCAACAAACCCACAACUGGCUGAAAAGAUUAAAAUCAAUUUUGCACUGGCUCCAGCUGCCACUCUUACAUACACAACAAGUAUUUUGCGCCUUUUUGCUUCCAUCCACCCAACACUGUUCAAGAUUCUGUUUGGUGAAAAAGAAUUUUUACCCCAUACAAAUAUGAAUAAAAUCAUCGGUCAGGAUGUGUGCAACCAUGCAGUCAUUGGUACAAUUUGCAACAAUUUACUCACAUUGGUGUCAGGAUAUAAUCCAAAAAAUCUAAAUGAGAAUCGUCUGGAUGUAUAUUUAACAAAGAUUCCAGCAGGAACAUCAGUUCAGAAUAUUUUACACUAUUCUCAGGUUAUUAAUAAAGGUACAUUUCAAGCUUAUGACUGGGGAAAUUCAUUUCUAAAUAUUCUACACCAUAAUCAGCCCACUCCUCCGUUAUACCAUGUGGAAGAUAUGAAGGUUCCAACGGCAAUCUGGAGUGGUGGACGGGACAUUCUGGCGGACCCAAUAGAUGUUAAGAAUUUGGAAGGAAAAAUCUCCAAUCUCAUUUACCAUAAGAAGAUUCCUUCCUACAAUCAUCUUGAUUUUGUAUUAGGAUUAGAUGUUUAUGAUCAGAUUUACACUGAAAUCAUCACAAUGAUGAAUGAAUCUCAGUGAAGGUGAAAUUUUCUUUGUCUUUACACAUAUUUUUCCACCUCUUCUGAGGGCCCCUUGCUUUUCUAGAUGCAAAAGUUUUCUUGCUUGUCUUUUUUUGUUUAGAUGGCUUCUGGUUCUUAAGCCAGAAUCAUAUUAUUAAAUCAUUUGCACUAGUCCAAAGAAGAAUGAGCACUUAUAAAAUAUUUCAUUCAUCUUGUGAAUGAUUUCACUCCAUGAGAAUUUUAAUAUUUUUGACAAGAAGAGAGCUCUUUAAAGAAUAAGCAUACUUCUUAUGGGCAAUAAAACAAUCCUGAAAUAUUUAUGCAGGCAGAAACUGAGUUGUAUGGUAUGCAUUUGGGGCGUGUGGUAUCUGGAGAAAGGUCUAUACAAAUGCCUACCAUACUUUUUGGCAGUGAAGCCAAAUAAGACCUUGUCAAUGAGUCCUCUUGGCUGAAAUUCAGUGAGACCAGGACUUCUCUUGUCUCACCAUCUAUAUGGACCAGUCACUGUUUUCAAGAAACUGAUUAUAUUAGUACUCUCUAGUAUGGAAAAUAGGAGGAAUUUUUGAGUAUCACUUUUCUAUUAUGGAAAAUGCUCUUCCCAGGACUAGUAGUUCCCGCAAGAAGUUUGCCAAUCAGUAAUAAAUAUAAAGUGUCAA